AGAGAGAGAGAAAGAGAGUGGUGCCAGCUUUGAUUCCCUGAGGCCUGAGCUGGCUCUUCUUGUUUAAAGCCUUAAGCUUCUUCUCUCUCACUCUUAAAAUUCCCAACAACCCCUUCUUUGUAAAAUCAAAAUAAAGAUUGUUUGAUGUAUUGACACCAUAUAUAAAUAAACAGCCAUAUUGUGUAUAUAUAGAGAGAGAAAGGAUUUAACGGUUGAUCCUUGUACAACAGCAAUGGUCGCAUCUCCAUCUCUUGCCGGUGGAGAAAAGAAGCACUGGUGGCUUACCAAUAAAAAGAUGGUGGAGAGAUAUGUGAGGGAGGCGAAAAUGUUGAUUGCAACGCAAGAGCAAAGUGAGAUUGCGGCAGCUUUACGCCUUCUGGAUGUGGCGUUGGCUCUUUCGCCGCGCAUGGAGGUUGCGUUAGAGCUCAAGGCGCGGUGUUUGCUUUAUCUCCGUCGGUUUAAGGAAGUUGCCGAUAUGUUACAGGAUUACAUUCCGAGCCUGAAAAUGGUGGCUUCGGAUGAUGAAUCUUCGUCCGGGUCAUCGGAUAACUCUUCCACUCAUCUAUCGAGAGAACGAGUCAAGCUUCUCUCUGACUCACUGGGUCGUGAUGAGCCGGCAUUUAAGUGCUUUUCUGUUUCGGAUUUGAAAAAGAAAGUCAUGGCUGGCCUCUGUAAAAAUGGCGAUAAAGAAGGGGAAUGGAGGUACUUGGUUUUGGGACAAGCCUGUUGCCAUUUAGGCUUAAUGGAGGACGCAAUGGUGCUCCUCCAGACCGGAAAACGCCUCGCCACCGCCGCUUUCCGCCGUGAAAGCAUUUGCUGGUCGGACGACAGCUUUUCAUUCAACAGAUUCCCACUUUCCGGCGAUAAAAAUCAGCCCCAAACACUCCCAAAAACAGAAAGUGAAAGAAUUUCCCAACUGCUUAGCCACAUUAAGCUUCUCAUCCGCCGCAAGACGGCGGCGAUUGCUGCCCUUGACGCUGGGCUCUAUUCUGAAGCCAUUAGACAUUUCUCCAAAAUUGUUGAUGGCCGCCGUGGAGCCCCGCAGGGAUUUUUGGCCGAUUGUUAUGUGAAUCGAGCCUCGGCUUAUCAAUCUGCCGGUCGAAUAGCAGAGGCAAUAGCAGAUUGUAAUCGAACCUUGGCAUUGGAUCCCUCUCGUUUGGAGGCACUUACAAUUAGAGCGACCUUAUUUGAAACAAUAAGAUGUUUACCGGAUAGUCUUCAUGAUCUGGAGCACUUGAAACUAUUAUACAACUCAAUGUUGCGCGAUAGGAAAUUGCCUGGACCGGUAUGGAAGCGUCAAAAUGUUCAGUACAGGGAAAUUCCAGGGAAGUUGUGCUCUUUAGCAGCGAAAAUCCAGCAAUUGAAACAAAGGGUUGCUGCUGGUGAAACCAGGAAUGUAGAUUAUUAUGCAUUGAUUGGAUUAAGAUGCGGUUGUUCUAGAUCAGAAUUGGAACGAGCACAUUUGUUGUUGAAUCUAAGACACAAGCCGGAUAAGUCGUCAAGUUUCAUUGAACGGUGCGAGUUUGCUGAUGAGCAGGACAUUGAUUCAGUCAAGGACCGAGCGAAAAUGUCAGCAUUGCUGCUCUACAGAUUGAUUCAGAGGGCCUAUACAAGUGUAAUGUCGACUAUUUUGGAUGAAGAAGCAAGUGAGAAGGAAAGAAAGAAGGCUGCAGCUGCCUUGCAAGUGAAUCAGGCUUUUGUGCAAUCACAACACGCUCGUGAAAAGUCCUCCACAGCCGUGACAAAGGCCACCCAUGGUGUGCCUAAUUUAAGCAGUAAUAAUCGGGUUGAAAAGAAGGCUACCAUCACAACUCCACCACCAUCUGUGUUUCAAGGCGUUUUUUGCAGAGACCUUUCAGUCGUUGGGAAUCUGCUUUCUCAGACCGGGUUUAGUCGUCCAAUUCCAGUAAAAUACGAGGCGUUGAGCUGUUAACGGUGAACGUGACAUUGUCGAUCGUGAUAUAAUGUGAUAUAAUAAAUGGUAAAUCAUAGACUUGCAAGAAAUCAAUCACAUUCUGGUAGCAUCCCAUGAUGUUUUGUACAAAAAUUAAAACUUUAGUACUGCCUGCUGAGGAAAAAUUUUGUUACCUAUUCUCUGUAUCUUUUCCUGUGUCUUCUUUUGUAGCUGUACAAAUUUAAAUUUAAUUUCAGUACCUAGCUUUUUUCUUCUCUGAAACUACAUUUUCAUUCUUAAAUUGGUUCUGUAUAAUCUUGCAAGUCUAAAUGUGAGUGAAGUAAAUUCCAAGUA